AAACUCCUCCAAGCUUCAAAUCCGGCCGGAAUAUUCCAUCCUGCGCGGCGGCUUCACAGCCAUCAAUAUCCCGUCGUCGAGGUCAUUUAAGUUCCGAUAUCGUCAAUAGAUUUCGAAUUCAUGAGCCUGGCUCGUAUCGGAGCCCUAAUUAGAAGCUUGGCGAGGUAUUCCCUCCAAAAAGGUGCCUCUUUCUCUUCAUAUGCAGUUCCGAACCCUAGAUUCUCGAAUUCCUUGUUCGAUGGCACCGAAGAAGGCAGCGCUGUUUACCAAACCAAGCUCAAGACCCAGCGCCCCACCACGAUCAAGCGGUGGUCUCGGCCGGAUAACUCCGUUAGCUUCAUUGGAACGGUUGUGUGGCCUCUCAGCGUUCAUCGGACCAACAACGGUAGACUCGCGGUUAAAACGCUCUUGAACGUGAAAAACCCUCGUGAAUCCAAUAGUACGCUUAGCAUAAACCUGGUCAUGAGGGAAGAGAUGGCAGAAAUGUGUAUUCAGCAUCUGAAGCAGAAUGAUUUUAUAUAUGUCUCUGGGCAUUUACAGACCUACACAAAGCCUGUUGAGGAUGGGAAGCUUGGGAUAUAUUAUCAGGUAGAUGUAAAAGAGUUGAAUUAUGUUAAACAUCAUGGUCAAAGGGAUGCCUCAGAGAAAUCAAAGGAUUUGGAAAUACAAGGAGGUGAAGAUAGGAUGGAGAAGUACAGGAACAAACUCCACUUGUGGCAAGUAUUCUUGCACAAUCCAUCUGAAUGGUGGGAUAAUAGGAAAAAUAAGAGAAGUCCACAACAACCAGAUUUCAAGCAUAAGGAUACCGGUGAAUCUCUUUGGCUAAGUCCAAAUGAUCCUCCUUGGGUUAAAAGGCAACUUGAAUUGCUUGAUUCAAGAAUGGGAGAAGGCCUAGGCAAACAAGUAAGAUCUCAUUCUCGCGUUUCCACGUGGGUGUAUGAUGAGUAGAUAUAAAUCUGCAGGCAUUAAAGAAGAGUGGUUGUGUUAGUGGAGGUUUACUGCUUGGGCAGCCACUAAUUGAAGCAAACCAUAUUUUGGAAGUACAGGCCUAAUACAAAGUAAGAUUCUUACCCAUUGUUUUCAAUUGAAGGAACCUAACCAAUGAAAACGACAGGAUUUGUAAAGAAAGGUUUUAAGCCUUUAAGGACAGAUUAUAAUAAUGUGAAGCUCAAUUCCAACUAGAACUACAGUGCUUUUCGAUACUGUACAACGUUUUACCACUAUAUAACGUUAUUUUCAUGAA